GAAAUUCAGUUGCGUUUGGGUUGUGCGCAAAUGCAAAUGCCCAAAAUGUUUCGAUCGUCGAUUGUUAUUCUUGUUGCCAAUUUUGUGUUUGUGGCGCCCGCAACUUUCGUUCCGCGCAUAAAUAACGAUAAUGGAUUUCAACUGGUGCCGAAUAAUGAUGGAUAUACCUUGAGCAUUCGACAGCCGGAUAAUACCAAUUGGCGGGAGGAGACGGUGAAAGAGAUUGCACCCGGCGAAUUGGAGGUAAAAGGAAUAGUGAAUCAGGCAUUCAAAGAAGAUGGAGGCACUCUUGUGGUUGUCUACGAGGCGGGCCGUAAUGGAUAUGUGGCCAAGUAUAUAUACGAAGGAUCUAAGAAACCAACACCAGCCCCGCAUGCACCAUAUCAAAUCUUGCUAAGUGCCAAAGCUUUAAUGUCAGCAGCUGGUUGAAAUUUCAUAAUGUGAUUUGAUAUUAAAUUAAUAAAUGUGUUUAUUGGAACAAUAGGUUGGAAUUACCGUAACAACUUU